AUGUCCUUCUGCCUCGAUCUCCUAUCACAUUCCAACCAAGAAAAGACAUCUCAGAACGAAGAUCUUAUCAACAAACACGACAAAGCGAGCAACUGGAGCAUGGCAGUAAUUUCUCCCGACAUUAUUUUGCUUAUCGCUAAGCAUGCGGAGACCUCGACCUUGAAGUCCCUUAGACUUGCCAGCCGAACAAUUGCCUCUCUGAUAUCUCGGACUUUUGCUGCAAAGGCUUUUCCAUAUCUCAACAUACAGAUCACCGAGGCUGGACUAACAAGACUGGAGGAUAUGUGCACGUCUGCAAUGAUAGCACCAUAUAUACAGAACAUCGGCAUCAAUACUCAAGCUCCGAGACAUACGACUAUCUACGAACUACGGAGGGCUCUACGUAAGAGCCCCCCAAUGGAUCCUCAAGGUGUCGUACGAGACAUCGUCGAGUCACUCUUGUCUGCUCUCUACGAGUAUGAGUUGUUAUGCUCACGAGGAGGUAUCAUUGAUAGGCUGCAAAGCGCCUUCGAGAAUCUGCGCCGAAACCGGAACACCGAACUCAUCCUUGAGAUAUGGGACGAUGGAGAUGGAAGUUGUGUGGGAUAUAAGAACGAGUUUGACAUCCUUUGGACGAUGGAUGGAACAACAGAUCCGGACGGCAUUCUCGACCGCGGCGGGAUGUUCUGCUUUGAUCAGUUCAACCAAUCGCGAGUACUUUUGGCUCUGUCUAGGAGCGGACUCUCGCUCAAGCAGCUCCGCGUCACAUCGAAAGCUCACUUACUGGCACAUCCAUGGGACAACGUAUAUAACGAUCUCACGUUGCGAGAUGACAUGACGUCAUCAUAUCAAUGCGACGAUUUAUCACAGAUCGACGUUAAGGAGAUUCAUGUUGUCAUUACCCUUGACUGCGAAUCAUGGAAGCAAGAGCCUGGCUUUAUGCUUCAUAGGAACAGUGCGUUACAUCGCUUGGUUGCCAAUGCGAGAAGUGCGAAGAGUUUCAUUCUUGAGGGUCAAUGCCGCCCAGCAGAAUUUGACGCGGGUCCACUGCUCUCCUCCCUAGCAUUAUCAAGAUGGAGCAGUGUAUGUUUGGAGUCUCUCUCCAUACGGGCAAGUAGUCUCUUUCAGCUUCGUGCCGAAAUUGGUACAUCGAUCAAGAACUUAGAAUUACGCAAUGUCAAGUGGAUCCAAGACACCGAUCAGAAUCACGUUGAUUGUUUCGUCGGGAGUUGA